CGCAAUUCAUCAACCCAUUUGGCCUCAUGUUGGGGAUCUAUCGGGGCUCAAGUCUUCCGGGAAACACCGAUCUCGACACCCCACGCCCACUGUCUCUCUCCGUCUGUCACGAAAUCGCCCGAGAGCCACACACCGGUGAUAGGGGGACGCGACCUUCACUAACGCCUUGAUAUCCUUGAUUAUGUCGACGACAUGGGCCCUUGGCAUAUCGAGAAAGCGAGCAUGCGAUUCUUGCUACAGGAGGAAGAUCCAGUGUGAUUCAACCGACUCGGGUGCUCCCUGCAAUUGGUGCCAUCACCAUGGCGAUACCUGCACUUUCACCAGGCAUAGGAAGAAGCCGAAAACUAGGAACAAGUUCAAGACUGCACAGAGCUUGUCUCAGCGACUUGAGCAUAUCGACAACGCUCUUGUCCAGGUAGCCACUCACCAGGACACCGAAGACCCUUCGGCGGCACCGAAGACGCCGAGGCCCACGCCCCCCGUGGCCAUCCCGGGUUCACAGACAGGCAUAAACGAUCUACUGAGUCAGUGUGCUGACUCUCACCACAUAACUGAGUUUUCCGGUCUGAUAAUUCCUGGCGGCUGUCCAUACACAUGCAAUCCCUCGAGUCAGUUAGAACAUGUCGGCUCCGAAGCUAGUAUACCGACUCCCUUCGAGUGCGAUCCGAAAUGGCUGCGGUCUAAAAUAGCAGACAAAGCCGCACUUUAUUCUAUGCAGCAGCGGCCGGUUUAUGAGCCGAAUCUGUCACCCUCACGUUUAUUCACUUCGUUGGGAACCCUUAAUGAUCUUCCUAGCAAAGCUUCAGUCAAACAAGCGCUCAAUACCUUUUCCGCUUCUGCGAUAGGGCUUGUGUUUCCCCUAGUGGACCCUGUGUUGUUCGAAGGUACCAUUACAAAAGCAUUUGAACCGUGCGAUGGAACCCCUUCGAUGGACCGUACGAGCGCUAGAGCAUGUGUCUUGGCCUUUCUCUCCGCUAUGCACUUUCUGCAGGCGCACGCUGGCGUACUGCCUUCUGUGGACGGCCAUAUGUGUGCAGCCAAAGUAUUUCACGCACUGUCAGAUGUACUCGAGGAUGUGAGCAUAGUAACUCUUCAGACAAUUCUGAUGCUACAUAUUCACCAAACCUUUUCCGGCCGUCUGAAAUCUGCCCUCCGGCUGCAUUCGAUUGCCUGCCGCCUUGUCAUCGUUUUAGGUGGACACAUGCACCAGCCUACCAAGUCACGUACCGCCGAACCAACUCUCGCGGACAGAGAAAAUCACCAGCUACGGAUGCUAUUUUGGCAGUGCUACAUUUUCGACAAGCAGAUCAUGAUACGGACUCAUCAGCCUCCCCUCAUUCCUGAUGACUAUUGCGAUCUUACACCGCCGGGUAAUAAUCACCUUCCAUGUGACACUUACUUGAGUCACAUCAAAUCCAAGGCCUACCGGUUGCUGUACUCGGAGCAGGCUCGACAGAAAUCAGAUGCUGAACUUCUCUGCGCUAUCCGAGAGCUAGAUGCCGAUCUCGAGGAGUGGCGGUCGUCUAUCCCCCUUGACUUACGGCCUGCACUCUCACUCAUCAAUAAGUCCAGCGUUCGCCUUCCCAAAUUGAUGGCCCUGGUAAUGAUGCGUCACGUUUUCCUUUGUUUUGAAUACCACCACCUCGUCAUAUUGAUACACCAAGCCAGCAGAAGGUGUCGUCCUUUACACUUUGAACCAGGCAUGGGAUGCAAAUACAGUCCGAGUGUUCAAUCUAGUGCCACCAUUGCUCUAGAAGCAAGCCGCUCGACUGUGAUCUACUUAGAUGCAGCGCUUCAUAAACUUGAGAGCGGAACAUUUUGGUUGCUUUCGUUCUAUCUAAGGACCGCUACCAAGGUGCUCUUUGUGAAUAUUCUCUCAGAUCCUCUCAAGCCACAAGCAAAAAGUGAUUUGGACCUUAUGCGUUCAGCUGCUAUUCUCAUCAGAAAUAUGCCAGGAUAUAGUGCAUCCAAUAAUGAAGCUGACUCUAUGGAGAGCGUAGAUAGUUUUGUGGAUGAGCUGAUACGCCUUGGAAAUUGUGCCAUCUUGAAAGGUGCACAGGAGAGGAACCAACUUAUUUAGGAAUAGGAUAAACUUUGGGCAAUA